UUCUCCAAAUCGAGAAGAGUCGUCAUUCGUCGUCUGCAGUUGCAGCACCAUCAGCAAAGCAAAACAAAACUUCUUUUUUUUUCGCGGCCGUCGAUUGAUCGAUUCUUUUUUUGUGCGUGUGACCGCCUAAGGCGGCCGUAGCCGGAGAUGACCAUGAUUCCGAUCGCACCCAUCCAAUUGUCCAACCUUCGUUCCAGGCUGCGCGUGUUUGACUCACCAGGGAUGACCGACUCCAAAUACUUUACCACCACCAAAAAGGGUGAAAUCUUCGAGCUCAAAUCCGAGCUCAACAAUGACAAGAAGGAGAAGAAAAAGGAAGCGGUCAAGAAGGUCAUCGCCAGCAUGACGGUUGGCAAGGACGUUUCCGCGCUCUUCCCGGACGUCGUCAACUGCAUGCAGACGGACAAUCUCGAGCUGAAGAAGCUAGUCUAUCUGUACCUGAUGAACUACGCCAAGUCGCAGCCCGAUAUGGCCAUCAUGGCCGUCAACACGUUCGUUAAGGAUUUGCCACAUUCUCAACUCGUUAAGGACUGCGAGGACACGAACCCGCUGAUCCGGGCGCUGGCCGUGCGCACGAUGGGCUGCAUCCGGGUGGACAAGAUCACCGAGUAUCUGUGCGAGCCGCUGCGCAAGUGCCUCAAGGACGAGGACCCGUACGUGCGCAAGACGGCGGCCGUGUGCGUGGCCAAGCUGUACGACAUCUCGAGCUCGAUGAACGUUUCCCCAUUCCAGGUGGAGGAUCAGGGUUUCUUAGAUCAGCUGAAGGAUUUGUUAUCGGACUCGAACCCGAUGGUGGUGGCGAACGCGGUGGCGGCGUUGAGCGAGAUCAACGAGGCGUCCGCGAGUGGCCAACCGCUGGUGGAGAUGAACUCGGCGACGAUCAACAAGCUGCUGACGGCGUUGAACGAGUGCACCGAGUGGGGACAGGUCUUCAUCCUGGACUCGUUGGCCAACUACACGCCCAAGGACGAGCGCGAGGCGCAGUCGAUCUGCGAGCGAAUUACGCCCCGGUUGGCCCACGCGAACGCCGCCGUCGUGUUGAGCGCGAUCAAGGUGCUGAUGAAGCUGCUGGAGAUCUUGGCUUCGGAUAGCGAUUUCUGCGCCAUGCUGACGAAGAAGUUGGCCCCGCCGCUGGUGACGCUGCUCAGUUCGGAGCCGGAGGUGCAGUACGUUGCGCUGCGCAACAUCAAUCUGAUCGUGCAGAAGCGUCCGGACAUUCUGAAGCACGAGAUGAAGGUGUUCUUUGUCAAGUACAACGAUCCGAUCUACGUGAAGCUGGAGAAGCUGGACAUUAUGAUCCGGCUGGCCAACCAGAGCAACAUUGCCCAGGUGCUGAGUGAGCUGAAGGAGUACGCCACCGAAGUGGACGUGGACUUUGUCCGCAAGGCCGUCCGCGCGAUUGGCCGUUGCGCCAUCAAGGUUGAACCUUCGGCCGAACGGUGCGUGUCCACGCUGCUCGAUCUGAUCCAGACCAAGGUGAACUACGUCGUGCAGGAGGCCAUCGUCGUCAUCAAGGACAUUUUCCGUAAGUAUCCCAACAAGUACGAGAGCAUCAUCAGCACUCUGUGCGAGAAUCUAGACACGCUCGACGAGCCGGAAGCGCGUGCUUCGAUGGUCUGGAUCAUCGGUGAGUACGCCGAACGUAUUGACAACGCGGACGAGCUGCUCGACAGCUUCCUGGAAGGAUUCCAGGACGAAAACGCCCAGGUCCAACUCCAGCUCCUAACUGCGGUGGUGAAACUGUUCUUGAAACGCCCAACCGACACCCAGGAACUGGUCCAGCAUGUCCUCUCGUUGGCCACGCAAGACUCGGACAACCCGGAUCUCCGCGAUCGUGGCUUCAUCUACUGGCGCCUCCUGUCAACCGACCCGGCCGCCGCCAAGGAAGUCGUGCUGGCCGACAAGCCACUCAUCUCGGAGGAAACGGAUCUCCUCGAACCAACCCUGCUCGACGAGCUCAUCUGUCACAUCAGCUCGCUGGCCAGCGUCUACCACAAGCCACCGACCGCGUUCGUCGAGGGUCGCGGCGCUGGAGUUCGCAAGAGUCUGCCGAACCGCUCGGCUUCCGCCGCCGGCGAAGAAUCGUCAUCCGCCGAAGCGACCGUCAUUCCAAACCAGGAAUCUCUCAUCGGAGAUCUGCUCUCGAUGGACAUUGGAGCUCCGGCCGCUCCAGCCGCACCCGCCGCCAACACCAGCAGCGUAGAUCUGCUCGGAGGCGGCCUGGACAUCCUUCUCGGCACAAACUCCGCCCCGGAAACCACGAACAACACCGCCGCCGCCCCAGCUCCAGCAGCCGGAGGUCUCCUCGGCGACAUCUUUGGUAUUGGUUCGGGCGCGGCCACCAACAUGAUCCAAAUCCCGAAAAUAACAUGGCUACCAGCCGACAAGGGCAAAGGACUCGAAAUCCAAGGCACCUUCUCGCGCCGCAACGGCCAGGUCUUCAUGGACAUGACCUUCACCAACAAGGCCAUGCAAGCGAUGACCAACUUCGCCAUUCAGCUGAACAAAAACAGCUUCGGCCUCGUCCCUGGAUCCCCCCUCCAGGUCGCCCCCCUCCAACCCUCCCAAACCACCGAAGCAUCCCUCCAGCUCGGCAUCACCGGCCCCGUCCAGCGCAUGGACCCGCUCAACAAUCUCCAAGUCGCCAUCAAAAACAACGUCGACAUCUUCUACUUUGCAUGCCUCGUGCACGGCAAUGCCCUCUUCGUCGAGGACGGCCAGCUGGACAAGCGCGUGUUCCUCACCACCUGGAAGGAAAUCCCCGCAGCGAACGAGAUCCAGUACAACCUGCACGGAAUCGCCGGCACCGCUGACACCGUCGCCGCAAAAAUGACCGCCAACAACAUUUUCACCAUCGCCAAGCGGAACGUCGAGGGCCAGGACAUGCUGUACCAGUCGCUCAAGCUGACCAACAACAUCUGGGUGCUGCUGGAGCUGAAGCUGUCGCCGGGCAGUCCGGACGCGACGCUCAGCCUGAAGACGCGCUCGGUCGAGGUGGCGGCCAUGAUUUUCGCCGCCUACGAACAAAUCAUCCGAUCGCCGUAAGUUGUCGCUUGAAUGCAUUAUAUAUUUCUUUUCCAAAAUUCCGAUGAUAAGUAUAACAAAAGUCGGCUAGACUAUAUAAUUAGUAUAUUAGUAGUUGCUCGUUUGUAGCACAAUCAUGAUGAUGUUGUUGAUGCAGAUUUAAUUGAGAUAACAAAAUGUGUGCGCGAUGCGCGCGCGCUCGUGGAAUAAAUAUUCAUUAUGACUACGCGAUUCGCGAGCUGGAUCUACUAACUGUAUGCAGAAAAUAUUACUAGACAUUAAACUAUUAUCAAAUAUUAUACAAAAUGUGGAUAUAAAGAUCAUUACAAACAAG